AAUUGUCUGUUGAAGCCUAGGUGGUAAAAUGUUUUUCCUCCACAAUUCCAGAGCCUUUCUGCUACUACUAUUUGCAGUCUUUGCGCUUACCAGCUCCAUUAAUUCACAGGCAGAGCCCACCCUCAGACACAAAGAUUGUUAUGGAACAAAUGGGACCGCCAACGCCAGUUUCAAUUCCAACCUCGCAAGUCUGUUUGAAUCUUUCCUAUCUAAAGCUUCCCAAAACUACAGCUUCUACAACGAUAGCUCUAAUAUUGGCACCUACGGCCUCUACCUAUGCCGAGGUGAUGUUUUAAUGAAUCCUGCAAAAGCUGUGUCAGCUCUGCGACACUGAAAAUCAUAAAUCUGUGUCCAUCUAGUACAGAAGCCAUCAUAUGGUACGAUGAGUGCACGUUACGGUAUGCCGAAGUUAAUUUCUUCGGUGAGCCAGAUACUGGGCCAUUGUUUAUCAUGUAUAAUAUGGAGAAUACUACCUCACCUGGCAAAGCUAACAAUUAUGCACGCGCUUUGUUCGACCAACUAAUAGGGCGUGUCAAUGAAAAAGACAGGUUUUUCGAGACUGAUGAACAGAUAGUGAAUAUUGGUGGUAGAUCCUUGCCAAGCUAUGGGUUUGUGCCGUGUACGAGAGAUCUUAAUGUUAGCUCAUGCAGAGAGUGCUUAAACGACUUGAUGGUUGAAGCUGAAGAUUGUUGCGAAUCCAAAAUCGGGUGGCGCAUCUCAGGCCCAAGUUGCUCCCUGAGGUAUGAGAACUACUCUUUAACUGCGUCACCACCAGCACCAUCACCAUCACCACUGCCGCCGUCCCAAUCCCUGCCUGCAGCACCACAGCUGAAGCCUGAUAAUGGAGAUGGAGGAAAGAAGAAAACAAAGACAGUAAUCAUUUCUAUAUCAUCACUUGCAUCAAUUGCAGUAGUUGCAGCUCUCUUGGGUUUCUGGUGUUAUACAUCCUCUGGCACGAGGAAACGAGAACAAGAUAGGGAAACUAGUCAAGAAAUUCCAUUACAAAAUAAUUUGUCAAGGUCAGUUUCAAGGCGCUUAAUGGAUGGUAGUAUGGAUGCAAGGGAAGAUGACGACAGUGGAGAAAUGCAUUACUUCAAUUUAACUACCAUGGAGACUGCCACAAAGAAUUUCUCUGAUGUGAAUAAGCUUGGAGAAGGUGGUUUUGGCCCGGUUUACAAGGGCAUGUUGAUUAAUGGAAAGGAAAUAGCAGUUAAAAGGCUUUCAAAGCAGUCUAAACAAGGUCUUGAAGAGUUCGAGAACGAAGUGAUUUUAAUUGCAAAACUUCAGCACAAAAAUCUAGUGAGGCUAUUGGGAUGCUGCUUGGAAAAAGGUGAAAAGAUUUUAGUCUAUGAAUACAUGUCCAACACCAGUUUGGAUGCCUUCUUGUUUGAUAAAAAAAAAUGUAAGGAACUAGACUGGGCUAAGCGCACAAAUAUUGUCAAUGGGAUCGCUAAGGGCCUUCAAUAUCUACAUGAGGACUCUCGGCUCAAAAUCAUCCAUAGGGAUAUGAAAGUGAGUAAUGUGUUGUUAGAUGAUGAUAUGAACCCAAAGAUAUCAGAUUUUGGCACUGCUAGAAAUUUUAGAAGCAAUCAAAUAGAGGCCAACACUAUGAUAGUCAAGGGCACAUAUGGAUAUAUGGCACCAGAGUAUGCAAGGGAGGGACAAUUUUCAAUAAAGUCCGAUGUUUAUAGCUUCGGAAUUCUAAUGCUAGAAAUUGUAAGUGGAAAAAAGAACAGUGACUUCUAUCGUCCGGAGUGUGCACAAAGCUUUCUAUCAUAUGUACGGCAACUAUGGAAUGAAGGCAAAGGCUCAGAGUUAAUAGAUCAGGCCAUAGUUGAUACUUGUCCUAUAACUGAGGCUCUAAGAUUGAUCCAUAUUGCAUUGUUAUGUGUUCAAGAAGAUCCAAAUGAUAGACCUAUCAUGUCAAGGGUCAUUCUCAUGCUUGGAAGCAAUUCGAUAAAUCUUCCUCAGUCAUUAGCACCUCCAUGUUCUGGAGAUAGGUUAAUCAUAUCUGAUCAAUCUUCCAUACGUAGCACUGGAACAGAAUAUGUGUCAACUGAUCAAUCUUCAACAAGUGCUUCUGGCUAGUUGUUACGACUGAAGAAAGGAUUGCACUGUUGUCUGAUGGAAGGAGAAGGUUACAUGAAAGGCUUGGCAUUUGUGGAAAACUAUUGCAUUUGAAAUUCAUAUUUGGAUUAUUGUGGAGUUGUUGCUGUAUUUGUAUAUGAAUUCUUGUUGUUUAGAUAAAGACUGUAUUUGAAUUGGUAUUUGUAUUUGAGUUUCUAAGUAGUUGAGUCCCUCUAGGAUUAUUUGUUAGUAUUUGAAUCUCCUUAGGAUUAUCUAUUGUUAUCUGUUUGUAUUUGAAUUCCCCAGGACUUAUAUUUAACGUAGAAUGCAAUUAAUAAAGUAGCAGAGAAUUAU